UUCCUCCAUAUUAUUUCGGCAAUUAAAAUCACCCUCUACCGCAAUUAUGUCCACGGUUACCAGAAGCGCCAGUGCGAGUCCCAUGGCGCUCAAUGGGGUCAUCGAUGCCAGCCUGUUCCCCCUGAAGUCCACGGCCGAUGUGGUCAAUCUGUUCCGUCGCGCUUUAACCUCCGGAAUCGAGCCCGAUCUCACCCUGCUCUCCAUUGUGGUCGGCUACAUUGAGCUGUCUUUGACGACCGGAGAGGCUGCUGCGCAGGCAGCUCAAGCUGCUGCCGCCGCUGCCGCAGCAGGUGACAUCAGUCAAGCGGCGACAGGAAACGACAUAAUCAUGGGCAACAGCGUUCCCUUUCCGGUGGUGACCCACGAACUGAUCGCCGGGCUGUAUAAAAAGUUCCAGACGAUCCUGUCGGUGGUCGAGAAGCCGAAGCCCCAUCGUCAGGCCACGCGAGAGGUGAUCAAGAAGGUGUCGGACGUGAUCUGGAACUCGUUGAUUCGCAGCAGCUAUAAGGAUCGCGCGCAUCUGCAGAACCUCUACAGCUACCUGUCCGGCAACAAGUUGGAUUGCUUCGGCGUGGCCCUGGCAGUGGUGGCGGGAUGCCAGUUGCUUGGCUACAAGGACGUGCGCCUAGUUAUCUCCGAGGACCAUGCGUGGGUGGUAUUUGGCCAGAAGCGCGUGGAGACUAUCGAGGUGACAUGGCACGGAAAGGGCAGCGAGGAUAAGCGGGGACAGGACAUUCGCCCUGGCAUCGAAUCCGGAUCGUGGCUUUACCUGGGAGGACUGGCGGUGGUUUGUGAGCGUGGCAUGGAGGUGGCGGCCAUCUGUGCCGCCUUAAAUAUCUCCUUAACCUCGAACAGUGACUGCGUGGAGGUGGCAGAGCUGCAGCAACAGCUGCUGUGGCUGCUCUACGAUCUGGGCCACCUCAAACGCUACCCGAUGGCCCUGGGCACUCUUGGUGAGCUGGAGGAGAUCCAUCGGACGCAUCCGAGCAUUGGUUGCGAGCAAUUGUAUCGCGAAGCCAUAGAGUCGGCGAGAACGUACUACAGGAACCAUCAUGUAUAUCCGUACACCUACCAGGGAAACUACUACAAUCGAUUGCUCAAGUACCGCGACGCCUUUGCCGCCUGGGCAAAUGCGGCGGACGUUAUCCGUUUGUACACGUACCAGUGUCGCGACGACGAGGAGAUCUACAAGGAGCUGCUGGACAUUGCCAACGAGCUGAUACCCUAUGUGAUGAAGACGGAGAGUUCGGGUCACUCGGCGCGAAGUAUCCUACGGGACGCGGAGGUGUUUGCAAAUCUGCUGCGAUUCUACGACGGCAUCUGCCAGUGGGAGGAGGACAGCUUGACGCCCAUUUUGCACAUCGGUUGGGCCAAACCGCUGGUCAAUAACAUCACCAAGUUUGAUUAUGACAUCAGGUCCCAGGUGGUUAUCAAGCUGCCCGAGGAUCUGGAGGCGGAACAGGCGAGGGCGGAGCUGGCGAGGGCAGAACAGGAGGCCAAGGAAGCUAAGGAGUCUAAGGAAGCUACAGGAUCAGAGGCUUUGGAGGGAAACAACAAUACGUUGGUGAAAAAGGAAGAGAAAACAAAACAUUCGGAGAUGCCGACUACUUUGGCUGACUUAACAGCUGCCUGCGGCGAGAAGAUUCUCAAUCCGGAUUUCCUGCUACAGGGCGGCGGUCAACCGUUUGCCGAUCAGAAGCAACAAGCUCCUGGUGGCGCCGGCGAAUCCGAUAUUACAGCGCUCCACAAUAACAACAAUAAUAGCAACAGCAAUAACAACAACAACCAUAGUUUAGACAAAAAGGAGGCUCCAUCGACCACAACUACUGCCGCAAGCAAUGGCAGUGGAACUUCUGUCCAGUUGCCAGUUGUUUCUAGUGAGGCUAACAGUGCCGCCCAAGCGCAAGCGCAAUCCCAAAAUCAAGCAAGUUCCCAACAGGGAAAACCACAGCACAAAGAAGCUAAAAAAGAGGAGACCAGCGACGACUACGAUCCCUUCGAGAUAAUGCUCAAGAGGCCAGUGAUCACUUUGUACAGCCAAAAGAUGAAGGGCCUGAAGGAUCUCCUGCUGGCCGAGAAGCUCAACACACAUGCGAUUUCCCUGCAAGUCACCGCCCAGUCGGUGGCCUCCCGAAAGGUUCGCGGGGUGGAGAAGCAACAAUCGGCCACAAUUUCCGCCACCAUCACGGCAAUUUCGUCGAGUUCCGCAGACAGUGUCCUAAGUGCAGUCGGCGGUGGUGGAGGAGGCAGUGGAUCGGGCGGAAUCGGAGGAGCAUCUUUGGCAUCAUCGUCGCCGGGAGGGGAUUCAAUAGCCGCCUCACGCCCGAAGAGAACGCGUCGCGAGUAAUUCUCAUUGUUGUGUAUUAAGUAUUGGAACAUUUUUUAUUGUGCAACAUUAGGUGGUUCGAUUUUUGUUCUUAAGUAAAAUCAUUUAAAA